GACCAUUGUAGACAGAACCGCGAAUCAUUGUAGCGGAGGCUUUAUCCACCCGCGAGCAAGAUGUCGACCGCCGAACUAAAUCCGAGACCUCUGCGGGUUUCUCCCUUCAUCAAGUUUUGCCGCUGGAGUCUGCUCCUUACUGGAAUCGCUUACGGUGCCUACCAUCAAAGAAGACUCAGUAGGAAAGAGGAUGCUCGCAGAGCGGAGGAGCUGAGGCUUAAACCUGCACGUGACGCUAAACUAGCUGAGGAGAAGAGACUUUCUCUAAUAGCGGAACAAAAGAUGCUUGAUGAAUAUUUUUCUCCACCCAAAGCAACAUGAGCGUAAUCGGUUUGGUGUUAGUACAUAAUAUUAUAAAAUGUUAUUGAUUGAAAAUUGAUUUCUAUGUAUCCAUAGACCUAGUCGAUGUGUUGCUCCAACAUCAUUGCCACAGAGAUAAUAAGUUCUACAAAUUGUACAAAACUAAUAAAUAAAGAUCUGUGAAGAUACAAUGAA